AUGGUAUCUCCUUCGCGUCUCGAGGCCUCUUGGGUCACCAAGAAGACGGCAUCGCCCCCUUCUGUCGGCAGCUCUCCGAAGCAGCUGGCCGCUUCAUCUUCUCCUGUCUCAAGCCGUCAUUUGGGAACUGCUGCCAUGUUGCUUCCCGACUUUGAUGGUACUGUCGAGGCAUCAGGGGAUGAUGCCCCUCCACCGACACCUCCAGCACGCGUCUCACCGGAGCACAUCUUGAGCCCUGAGGACAACAACCACAGUGAUUCGGAUUCAGCAGACUCCAGCUUCUCGGUCGCUCAAGGCCUCGUCGAUUGUGGCACCAAUUCGGACUCCACGUCUUCAUCUGUCAAGGCCAGCAACUCCAAUGGAGUCCCUCUGCGUCCAAAGGCCAAAGCACCAAAGAAGACACUCGGCAAGCGUGUCCGUGGCGACUCGAAUGCCAGCUCAGCUAAUUCAAAUGGAUCUGCUGUUGUACCAACCAAAAAGCGCGUCCGUAGUAACGCGUUGAUGAGAUCAGCACCUCGCGCAACCUCUACCACCACACCCGGCGGACUGGCUGGCAACUCGGAGUUUAUGAACUUCACAGCCACCAUCUUCAUCAUCCAGCUCGGCCCAGACGGCCCUCAGUUCCACGCCCACGAGUCAGUCCUCAAGCGCUCCCCCAAGCUCGCAGAAGAGAUCGACAAAGCCAAAGCAAACAAGCGUGCCACCAAGCAGAAUACUCUUCCCCUAAUGGCCCACGACGCCAUUGCCUUCGAGCAGAUGCUUCAAUUUCUCUACAAAGACAAAUUCUUGAUGUCCAAGAACAAGAACACCCCUCUUGCACGCCUCGAAGAAUUCAAAGAACUCAUGAGCCUAGCCAAGCAUUAUGUCCUGCCCGGCUUGCAGAAGCAGGUCGUCAAGCUCUUCUCGAGCUCUAAGAUCAUGUCUAGGAUCCCGCCUGGCAAAUUCUUCGAUUGGGCUGAGGACAUGUACUAUGAGGAACUUGACCAUGAGAAUGGACCAUUCAAGGUGUAUUUUUCCAAGGUAGCGCCGAUGUUCAUGAAGGGAGUGGAUGAGGCGACCAGGAAAGAUCUGGUUCGUAUGGUCAAACAGGGAGGCGGGUUCGCUGAGCAGAUUUUCGUUGCUGCCACUACUGCAUUAGAUAUGCAGAAAGAUUUCAUUGCAGUCAAGAAAGAAGAGGUGGGGGAGAAGUCCACUCCCGCUUGUCGUCGUACUGUCAAAAACAAGGGCAAGGAGCCUGUGCGUCAGACUGCCCCUGAGGAAGCCUCAGAUAUGCCUGAGGACGACCUUAUGGAGGAUAACGAGCAUAUCUUCGUUGAGAACUAA